AUGGAAGUUGCUGGUCAGAACAGUGUCGUAUAUGAUGAAGACGAGGCGUUAAAACGCUUGUAUGAAGUCUUUGGAGCUUCAUGUACUCUUGACAAUAUAGCUUAUGCAUAUUGCAAGGCGAAUCGGAAUAUAGAUUUGGCAGGGGAAAUCUUGUAUGAUAUGAAGGGGAGCUCCUCGACCUCUGGGAAUCACUCGUCGAACUCGGAUGCGAAAGUGGAGGAGUCUUCGGAGUCAUCUGAUGGGCAUUCCUUUGAGAAUUCCUUCAAUGGAAGGAAAAGCUUCAAGCCGAAAGCUCGCCCUGUUUCAGCGGGCACUGUUUCGAGUGUUAUUGGUAAAAGUUAUGUUAGACCCAAGCCAUCUUUUAAUGGGUCUAAUGGUAUGACUAAACCACCUAAGUUGGAUGCAAGGACGAUGCCAGUGACUGGAAUCUGGCGUGAGAAGAGCGCGCCAAAGGCUGAUUCGUCAAAGCGCGGUCAGCUUCAAGAGGACAUGGAGGAUUUUUUGUUUAAAAUGCUUGGAGAUGGUUUUAAGCUGGAAAGAAAUGUCAUACGCGAAGUUCUAGAUACUUGCGGGUAUGACAUGAAAAAGAGCUUGGAUAACCUGCUAGAUCGAUCGGCGAUGGCUUUGGACAAAAGGCCAGAUGUUCGUGAUGCAUCUGGGAAGAUUGCAGAUAUGAAAAGAAAAUCUGAAGCACCCGCAUCUGAAAAACAGUCCAAGGAUUUAAAUUGUGUCAGAGGUAAUGGAAACAUAGCUUCUGUUAAAGAAGUGGAACUACAUCAGCGGCAAAAAGAGAGACAUGACAUUCAGAAAGAAGUCUGGUCUAAUUUGUUUAGUUACCGCGAGUAUGUUGAGAAGCCUCCUAAGAGGUAUGUAAGGGGUGAGAAUACGAGUUCAGCCUAUGGAGUUGGACAUGUGGUGUUUGAACCUCCCAAAGAUUCAAUGGAGGAAUACAAGAUCAACAUGGACUUCAGGAGACGAAAUAAUGAAGAUGAUGCUGAGGAUGAAGCAGAUUACCAAUGCGUGCGAAAAGCUGUGAAGGAAUAUCGGGUGACAAUGAAGGAAUACUAUAAAGCUGCUGUUGAAGCAUUUGCGAAGGGAGAGCAAGUAAAAGCUGAAAAACUUCUUGAACAGGGACAAUUUUACAAGAAUAAGGCACGUGAAGCUGAUGAAGAAUCUAGCAAAAUGAUUCUUCAAACUAGGGAUUCAGAAACCCCAGAAAUGACACUUGACUUGCAUGAGCAUGACCCAAAGGAUGCUGUUAGGCUACUGAAGUGUCAUCUUUCUUCUCUUUCUGGUUGUUCAUCAUUUGACCACCUCAAGGUUAUCUUUGAUGCAAAUGACCAAGCUAACAAAAAAAGGUCUUGCAAACGACUGGUAUUAAAACUAUUAGAGCAAGAGUCUAUAAAGUGGGUCGAAGGAGAAAUGGCUGGAACAAUAUUGAUCCGCUUAGAUAACAUAGACCGGAAACAGCUGAGUUUUUUCAAAGCAUAG